CUAGAAAUGCAAAGGAGGUGACAGGCAAGGGUCAGUCCAGCACGGAAGGGUGCCCCACGAAGGGCUGCUCAUCUGCCUGGGGACUCAGAACACAUAGGACUCAUGUCAUUUGGGUCCAAACAAGUGCCUCCCCAGGAAGCCCCAGGAUCCUGGCACUACUAUGGGCACACUGAGCCCCUGAUGUCCCUAACCCUUUGCUAGCACCCGCUGGCUCCACAGAAGAAGCAGCCAACAUGCCUAUCUCCAAGGGCUUGCAAAAGUCGGAGCCCCCAUGGAAGGAGUGGGACAAGAAGGCUCAAAAGAAUGGACUGAGGCACCAGGUGUACGCUGUCAAUGGUGACUGCUAUGUGGGCGAGUGGAAGGACAACAUGAAACAUGGAAAAGGAACACAGAUCUGGAAGAAGAAAGGAGCCAUGUAUGAGGGAGACUGGAAGUUUGGGAAGCGAGAUGGCUAUGGCACCCUCAGCUUUUCUGACCAAGAGAUGGGAAAGCACAGGAAAGUAUACUCUGGCUGGUGGAAAGGCGAUAAAAAAUCGGGCUAUGGGAUUCAGUUUUUUGGACCCAAGGAGUAUUACGAGGGUGAGUGGUGUGGUAACCAGCGCAGCGGAUGGGGCCGCAUGUACUACAGCAACGGUGACCUCUACGAAGGCCAGUGGUUGAAUGACAAGCCGCAUGGGGAGGGCAUGUUGCGCCAGAAGAACGGGAACCGCUACGAGGGCUACUGGCAGAGAGGCAUGAAGAAUGGGUCGGGCCGUUUUUUCCACCUGGACCAUGGUCAACUGUUUGAAGGCUUCUGGGUGGACGACGUGGCCAAGUGUGGCACAAUGAUUGACUUUGGUCGCGAUGAGGCCCCUGAGCCCACCCAGUUCCCCAUUCCUGAGAUCAAAAUUCUAGACCCUGAUGGUGUGCUGGAGGAAGCCUUGGCCAUGUUCAAGAAGCCUGAGGAAGAAGAUUGAUGCCAGCCCCUUGCUCCCACAGGGAGCACACCAGAGCUUCAGGAGAAACUCCAGGCCAUCACCCAACUGCUCAAACCGGUGUGGCUUCUGCAAGCGGAGAGUGGUGACUCUGGGCACACCCUUGGCACCCUCAAAGGGCACCUUACUCCUCCCAGCACUGGAUUAUCCUCUCCCCAGCUGGCUUUGGGGACCCUCUUGGUACAGCCUUCAUUCUAGGUUACAAUUCCUGAGGGCAAGAGUAUAAAAGAGAACAUGGUGGCAUCAGCCCAGGGCUUGUGGUGUGUGAUUGGGAGGGACAGGGUGCAGCUCUGAGAGAGGCUUUAGGUAGAGGGAAGACAUCCCCACGGGAUGCAUGGAUUUACCCUGGGGGAGAAAGAGGAGGUGUGUUUAGGUUUCUAACCUCUCCCAUACUCCAGGGAGGAGAGCCUAUGUCUGGUCACAUUGGCCACUGAGAUUUGGGGUUGAGACCUGACCUGGCUUCUUAACCCAACACAGAAGCGCUCAACCUCAGUAUCCUGUGGUAACUUUAAAAGCUCAGACACCCAGGACUCAAGCCCAGAUUUUCGUCUGGGGUGAAGCCUGGGCCUUCAGAAAGUUCCUCAGAUGAUUCUAAUGUGCACCUGGAGCCAGAACCCCUGACUUACUGGCUUUGUGACCCUAAGCAAGUGACCAGAGUGGCCCCUUGUGUAAAAUGGCACUUGGGAGAUUUCACAGGUUUUUCUUUUUUUUUUUUUUUUGGAGAAUUUGCUAACAGAUGUAAUGAUAACAAGUAACAUGUAUUGAGGUUAAUUGUGAAGCAGAGGUCUGGGAAGAGCUUUGCAUAAUUCUAGACAACAUUCCACAAGAUAAAAGGCACUCUUACAUAAUGGGUAGGAACAGGAGCUCAGCAGACUGCCUGGGUGUGAAUCCCAGCAGUGAUGUAGAAGCUGUGUUCUCAGAUAUGGCACCUAACCCCUCUGUUCCCCAGGCUUCCUCCUCUCAAAUACAGGACAAUAACCUUCCUUGCCACUCAGGUUACUGUGGUUAACAUGAAGAUGAAAUAAGGCGUGUUUCUAAUCCAAGAGUGGUUUGACCUCCUCUCCCUCCCCGGGGACAUUUGGCGACAUCUGAAGACGUCUCUGGUUGUCACAACUGGCAGGGGAAAAUAUUACCAACAACUAGUGGGUAGCAGUUGACGAUCUCACUGAACACACUAUAAUGUGGACACUCUCCAAUAGAAUUUUUCAGCCCAAUGUCCGAAGCAUAACCCUGUAAAACCAUGAUGUUCACUAAGCCCUCAGCAAGUGCCUGGCACACAGUAAAAGCUCAAUAAACACUACUUCCUUUCUGCUCUCUAAA